AUGGCGGCUACAGUGACGGAUAUUCCUGUUGUGGACUUCAGUGCAAUGAGCCUAGAUAACAAAGAUCCUCUGUCGGAAAACGGCCAGGCUAUCAGGAUAGUAGCCAAUGAAGUUUACAGAGCUUUUAGCACAACUGGAUUUGUUUAUCUCAAAAAUCAUGGGAUUUCAAAAGAGACGGUAAGUACAGAGCAAAAUUCGAAAUUAAUUCGAACUUUAGGGCCCUUUAUAGAAAAUACGCGACUUUUCUAACAGUGUUGUGUAAAUAAAUGUGUUGUACACUUAUUUUGGAGGGUUAAACCUCCAAUCCCUGCUUAGUGGCUACAGAGGCAGCUUUCUAAUUUUUAUAUUAGUCUUUACAAGCUUAAUUGCGCAACGUGAAGUUUUUAAUUAGGAGCAAUAAUAAUUAUAAUAAUAAUUAUUGACCUCCCAAGUUUCAGCAUUAACUACUUUCCAUUUACAGUCACCACAGCUGUAUUAGAUGAAAAUGAAAAUUCUGUUAUGAUCAGCAUUGUAGGGCGCAAUCCAUUCAACCAAAAUUUCCGGAAAUUUGGGUCCAAAACUCAGUGGAUCGGUUCGGUCCAACCGGAAAAGUUUCGAAAAAACUGGUCCACCUUUUGAGGUGGACCACCUUUCCCAGUCGGACCGGUCUGAUGUUUGGUUGAAUGGAUCAUGCCCAUAGUCAUAGGAGUUGUCAUGACAACAUAAUGGCAUUAUUACUUAAUAUUGUACUGGCGGCCAUAUUUCCCACUAUUGGAGGUCUUUUUCCAAAAAUUGUUUAUGGGAGCUUGUACCCACAAUAGCCAUCUCACGUGGUUUCCUAAAUUAUUAUUCUCUGUUUCAUUGUCAUCCCAUCUAAAAUAAAAAUGCAAACCAUUCAAUACAGAAAGUCCAGAAACUGGGAAAUGAAAGAAGUUAAAUUCAAAAAGCCUUGCCAAGAACCAGGUCUGUGUGAUAUUUCAUAUGCAAGAUAUUCGAAGAAGCGUUUUACCCAAAUUUAUAAAGCUUUGUAUGGAGUCGCCACGUUAGUGUCUGUUUGAGGGGCACAAAUAUGGCUGCCGGAAACCAAUAGAAACAUAAAUAAGUCUUUGAGUUUUCUUGGGGGAUGCAAAAGUGCAAAAACAUCACUUUGAGGAACUCAUAGCUAUUAAAGUUAUAUUUAUUCAGAGACAAGUAAUGUUUAGAUACGGCAAAAUCUAAAAAAAAUCGGUAAAGUUUUUAACCCAUAUAAUAGCUUUCCAGGCUGCCAGCUAAAUGCCGCAUCAUGCAAAAGCCUGAAAAUUCAAUCGUUCUCUAUCACAAAACAAAGAACCCUUUCAAACCAAAAAUUUGUAUAGAUGUUUAGAUGCUGUAAUACCUCAUGAAAGAAGAAACUCAGAAGAACUGAUGGUUUCUUAGUUUGAAUUUUGGUGACGUAUUAUGAAAAACAAGAAUUAUAACAAUUAAAAAGAGUAAACUAUGUUAUUAUUAUUUUGCAAAAAUGCUGGUGAGAGCCUCUCAACUCAUGCUUAUCACUGCAGAGACAUCCUUUUUUCUUGUAAUUGGCUUAAGCUAUCCCCAUGAACUUUUCACGUGCAUUUUCAAAUGGAGUGAAACUAUGAGGUGAAAAUUGCUUUUUCAAAGAGUGUCUUUUUCUCUUGAUAUUAACCAGUUAUCAUGGUUAAUAAAAGAAAUUGUACAGUUUUAACCUGCACUUCAUCAUUCAUCUUAUAUGCUUAAACUUAUGUCAUACCACUGUGGAUAUUAGAUGUUGCAUUCUGUAAGUUUGAAAGAUUUAAUAUUCAUAGUAUUCCCAGAAGCGUUGAAAGCAGUAUUCAAGACGUAGUUAGCACAUAGGCCUUGUACAGUGGUACAUUGCAUUUGAUGGAGUUAAGUGCUCUAUCUAGGUCCUGUUAGAGUAGAAUUCUGACAGGCAACGUGGACUUGAAACAGCAACACAAGACAGACAAAAUGAGUACAGACUACCCUAAACUAAUAAGGCAGUAACAAAAACUAGCACAAAUACUCUGAGUAGUAAAAACAACAGAGUCAACAUGGGUUCCUCAUCAGUAAGUGAAACAGUUUUUGAAAAUUAGAAGUUUUAGGAUAUAUGUAUCACUCCCUGCUUAUUCAGCCUCUAGCCUAGAAAGACCUCUUUGUUCUUUUUUGCAGGUUAACACAGUUUUUGAAACCUUUGAUCAGUUUUUUAACUUGAGUCCUGAAGUAAAAGCAAAAUAUGCUAAAACGGAUGUAACAUCAGCAAAUGGCUGGGACGCAGUGGAGAGAGAAAGGUAA